CUGAACGGUCACAAUCAGUUAUUUUAGUUUACACGGAUAUUUUGAUUCGGCAUCAAUGAUUAUUUGUCCUUUUAAAGUGAUAUAAAAAUGCGAAUAAACUUAGUAAAAAUGUGCUUUUGAAAGUGAAUAUUAUUAAAUUGUUUUUAUUACUAAAACAAUCAUGAUAUGGCUUAUAAUUUUGAGAACCUUCUUACUACUAUUAUAGAAGACGGUAAAAAAAGCAUUGAUGACUUUAUUUCGAUAUAAGAAUGAUCAGAAUGGAUUUAGGCAUGUAUGGGACUUACAAUAGCAAGCCCGAUUCUUUCUAUGGUUUUCAAAAUACUUUUCAUCUUUUAACAGCUGCAGAUGAUAAUGUUCGGAUAAUAGAACCGUCAGAAUUAACCAAUCACCAUAAUUACUCACAAUCAGCCAUUGUGCCAUACACAUCAUCUUCUGAUGGCUUUUUGAAUCCAGAAUCAGUUUCAACUUCCGAAACUUUUUCUCAGAUAUACUAUCCGUCACCUUCGAGUGUUAUGCCUGAUGAAAGUACAAGCAUCAUAUCUUCUGAAAAUGGUCUCAGUUAUACAAAUCUUGAUUGUAUGAAUUACUCAAAUAGUCAACAUCAUCAACCAGAUAUGUUAAAUCACAGUGAUUCGUUUCAUCCAAUCUACAAUACAACAGAAAAUUUUAGUCCAAAAGAUACCCAACAAAGUUCGUCUAAAGUUCAUCAACAAACUAUUACGAUUCAACUUCCUCUUAAUACUAAACCUGAUUAUGAAUCACUUUAUCACUCUCAAUCUAGUCAAUCUUAUAAUUUUGAUAGUGAAUAUCAAAUAAGCUCUUCAAAUAAUUCAAACUUUGAUUAUCACCUUUCGCAAGAGAAGACACUGCGGUUCAGCACUCAAGUUUCCACUGUGCUCAAGGAAAAUGAAUGUUCAGUGCAACUCGCAGGACAUGGAAAAGAUAAAAAUUCGGAUCUUAAAAUAUUUUGUACAACUCAACAUACUUUGAAUGAAAAUCAUAACGAAGUUUUCUAUCAAUAUCCUAACCGAACUCAAGAUCGUUUUUUUUGUAGACCUCAACAACAAUCAACUCAUGUACCGACAUACAAGUGGAUGCAAGUUAAAAGAAAUAUUACCAAAUCGAUUGGUAUGUAUGUUGUAUUUUGUUAUUGUUGGUAA